ACCGAUCCCGCAUCAGUUUCAUCGGGCAGAGGCAUGGCAGAGCACGGCAUCGGCAGCAGAGCGGCACGGCUGGGGGUCGGGCGCUGCGUGCUGCUGGCCGCGCUCUGCCUGCUGCUGCCUUCCACGUGGGCACUGCCACCUCCUGCCCACAACCUGGCCAAGGGACUCAACUGCUCCAGGGCGCUGCUGGCCGCUGCAAACGAGGCACUCCUGAAGGUGCAGAAGCAGAGGACGCUGGGGUUUGAGUGCACCCUUGAAGAGGUCGAUCUUGAAGACGUCACCAACAGUCAGAGCAACACAAUAAAGUCCUGCACGUCUCAGGAUCCGGGGCCUGGAAACUGCCCCGUACUGGAAAGUUCUACUUUAGAUAUGAGCAAAUGCCUGCAGGGGAUCUACGAAGACCUGAAAACCUACAAGGCAGAGCUGGGGAACCUCAGGGAUCUGAGGGUGCUGACAUCCAUUGAUGACAUGAUGCAAGCCCUGCAGCCCCGCAGCCCAGCCAUGCCGCAGCCCUCGCCCAGCACCACCCUUGGCUCCUUCCAGGGCCGCAUGCGGCUCUGCGGGGUCCUGCACGCCUUCUGCCUGCGCGCAGUCACCAUCGGCAGGAUGCUGGGCUACCUGAGUGCCCUCACUGCAGAGAUGUAAGAAGCAAACGCAGCAGCACAGACGCCCUGCUGUACAGCUACUUAUACACCAUGUUCUGCUGUCGGUGCCUUUCAAGCCAGCGCAUCCAACUUCUAAGCCUGGGGACAAUAAGCUGUAUUGUAUGAGAACGUUCUCAGACCGCCGAGCGCUCAGCUGCUGUUUGUCUUCAGUGUUUUAUUUAUUCAAUUGUGAGCUCCCGAAACGGAUAUUUAUAAUAAUCCUGGUUUAUUUAUGAUGAUGAGCCUUAUUUAUUCUAUUUAUUGCCUAAUAAAAUUGAAAUUGACAUAAAAG